AUGUUGCUCGCGAUGAUCCAUCUGCGUCCGGAACUCGUCCCGCUCUUCAAUUCUAGCCCAGCUGUUCCUGCGCGAAUGGCUUCAAGCUUCUCUUCAUUUCCACCUCUGGACUUUGUGACGAAAUGCGAUCUUGUAAGGGUGGGGGAUAAGCGGUGUCGGGCUCUGGACGUAAUGAGUCUGCAUUUCUACAUGUACGCAAGCUAA